UCCAAGAUGCUGGUCACUCAUGGACUCAUGGGUCAAAACCAUGAAACCGUCUCAACGUUGACUCGUGAUAUUCAGUGGAUCAAAGAAUCAAAGCCAUCGUAGAAUCGCGCGAGUGGAAUAUUUUCCUUGAAGAGAUGGCUCUCAUGUUGGCAGCAGAUGAAAGUGAGCAGAUGUUGUACCUGGAAGACCAAGUAGCCGUUGGAGGCCAGGCGAUGACGGGGAAGGAGUGCUGGAAGCCACGCUUCAACAAAGCUUUGCUGCUUGUGGUGGGUUUCUUCGGCAUUGCAUCAGUGGCAACUGUGUGGCAUUUCCAUGUUGCUGACAUGACCGCAACUGGUGCAACUACGGCGUUGUGGGACCAGUAUUCCUCUGAGGGUUUGAAGGCCUACAGAAAGAGAAUAUCCAAGGAGAACAACAAUGGCGAUAGUGCUGAUGGCUAUGAGCUUGUGAGCUGGGACGAGGUCAUGUGUCAAGCGUUGAAGGACAACAAGCAGCGGAUUGUGCGUGCCGUGGCAGCUCGAUAUCCCAGUACUCUCCGCGCAUCGUGCUCCUCGUUUGGCUCUCCACUGGAAUAUGCCAUGGACAGGAACCCAGACAUGGUGGAGGUACUGUUGAAGUCUGGUGCGGUUGUUUCAGACAAGAUCAUGGUGGAAGCUGCUUGUCAUCAGCAUGGUGGAUCUACCAAGCUGUUGACCAUGUUCCUGCGACUUGGCAAAGGAAAUCCCAACGCAGAGUACGGGGGCAACAGUCCCAUCAAUUGUGCAGCCAAACGUUGUGACAACUCCGAUGUUGAGGUCCUGAUGAGGGCUGGGGCUUUUAUCAACAACAGAGAUGGACAAGGUUUCACACCACUCUUGAAUGCCUUGACCGAAGGGUGUGAGUCUUUGGCUGAGGAGUUUAUCAGGAAUGGUGCAGACAUUCAUGUUGAAACUCCAACAGGAGAUAAUGCCUUACAAGUUGCUUGUCAAAGAUGCAUGCCGAAUGCAGCUCAAGAUUUGCUGAAGAAAGGGAUUCGGGUUGACCAUAAAGAUCAACUUGGGAGGACGGCUCUUGAUUCAGCAGCACAGCAUGGUUGUGUUCAAAUCGCAUCAUCUUUGCUGAACAAUCCAUUCACAAAUGUCGAUGAAGUGGACAAUUCCGGCCAGACCGCACUCUUCACGGCCGUUGCAGGGACUGCUCCAGCGUCACUCGUCCCGAUGAUGAUUGAAAAAGGUGCUGAUGUGAAUCACCAGGAUCUAAAAGGACAGACACCUUUGAUGAUUAUGGCACAACACGGUAAAAAUUGCCAGGUGCUGCUGCAACAUGGCGCGGAUGUGGCCAAGGUCGACAAAGCCGGUAACACUGCAUUGUGGUAUGCCGCCAGUGUGGGUUCUGCGUUUGCUGCCACUUCCCUGCUGGAAGGUGGCUCCGAGUCUGUGAUCAACAAGAAGGGGGCCCAGGGGAAGACGCCCUUUGCGAUAGCAUGCUGGAACACACAUCCUGAGGUUCUCCAGGUGUUGGCUCAGCAUGGUGCUGAUCCGAACAUCCCAGAGGACCAUGGCCAAAGUCCUUUGAGCUUGGCCACUCAGUUCUCCAUGCAUUUGAACCCUGCAGCGAAACCCAUCUCUACGCCGCAAUCCGUUGACACAGUGGACCAGUGGACAGCGAGAUCACAAGAGCUGCUGGGCGUCUUGAAGGUCUUGGUGGCUGCAAAGGUGAACUUGAACAUCUAUGAUUUCGAAGGUAUGACACCAUUGCUGAACUUAUUGAGGUUCAACAAGAACCAGUGGGGCGUACCUGCGCAGGCGCAGGCCUUCGCCCAGGCAACCCAAGCAAAUGCGAACUUCUUGCUGCAGUCCGGUGCGAAUCCCAACAUGGUCAGCAAGCCUGGUUACAUCAGCCCCUUGGCAUUUUGUGCCCGGAACGGCUAUCCGAGCACGGCCUCCCUGCUUCUCCAGAGAGGUGCUGAUCGAAAUGCCAGAAAUGCAUGGGGCAAAACACCAGCUCAGCUUUGCGGAGGUGGAAUGGGUCAGUUGGAAGUAGCACGAAUGCUGCGCUGAGACUAUCUGAAGCCCACUUGAUCAUCCGGGUUUACUUGACAUAGGUGGCAAAGUCCAUGUCUUUAAACGGCACUGUUUUACCACAGGUGAAAA